AUGACAACGAAUCCCAUUAUAGUGUUGGUGUCGGUGAAGACAUUGCGUCCGGAAGUGGAGGACUAUUGGCUGUCCAUACCAUCUGUGCUGAAGACCAUCGACGCUCUGAAGCUGUAUGUCAUGACCAAUGAGUCCAUCGACAGCUGCGCCGACGCCGACGACAUCGGUCUGUAUCUCAACAGUGGUUUACUUCGCGACAACACUGCCAUCGACGGUGUCCUCCGCGACAGGGAUCGCAUCGAAGUACGCGUCAAACCGGUGGCCACAGAGCCGUGGAUCAGCUCGUCUUCGGCCGCCACUAUUGAGCCGAUUAGCAUAACUGUCGAUGAAUCUGAUGACCCGUCCGUUGUCUGGACUCUUGAGAUGUCGCGCAUUCUGUCCGGCAUUACGUCCGCAGAGGAGUUGAGAGUUCAGUAUUCACACCGACGACAAGACGAGCGCUCAUCGGAUCCAAUCGGUGGCCAAACACAAGCCAAUAGUGAUCGCCAGCUAUCGACCCAUUCCUCCGCAUCUGUUGCCACCAAUUAUUCCGCGAUUCGGCCGAUAAGACAAUCGGCUAAAAAAGUGGUCAAAAAAGCGGUCAUUAGACGCGUAAGCGAUGGCAAAGUUGGUAACCAAUCAAAGGCCGGUAAAAACCAAAUAUCCAAUGAAAACUCAGUCCCAGAAGUCACUGGACAUGAAUCUCGCCGCUCAACCACUGGUCAGCGCAGUCGCAACCAAUUGAAGCCUCCACCGCCGUCCAAUCGGAAACGACUUAACGACAGUUUUUCGAGUCGCCAACCAAUGGCCACCGAUUGGCCGUCGCCACAGCUCUCGGCCACAACAUCUGCGGCCAAUCGUCCGGCAACAGGUGUCACACAAUCGGGCGGUAGAUGUCUGACAACAAGCAUUACAAUUGCAACCGAAGACCGGCCAAAGACCAGUUGGUCAGCGCCUGGUCUGAGCCGUAGACAACGGUGCGAAGCGCCCGGUUGUGGGUAUAGCAGCCAAAGUCGUGUGGCGUUUCAAUACCAUCAGCGUAUUCAUCGGCUUAAGCGCGACCUCUUCGGUGACCACUCAUCCAUAUUCGAAGACAUUGUGGCCAAACAUCACCUCAAAUCGGGUCCUAGUGUUUCGCCCGAAAUACCGUUGACUCGAUGCCCACACGAGAAUUAUCUGAUCCUCACUGAAGACCCCUUUGUUUUGAGUAAUUGA